UCUCAAACUUUGCAGAGACAAUGACGAUCUGCUUGUUGCCUACGCUGUCGCUACUGCGCCAGUAUCACCCUCAGAGUCUCAUAUCCCCUCGUCCCAGCUACUCGAGACGCUGCGCGAAACUCUUCCACCAUUCAUGAUCCCUCACCUUGUGUGUUGGGUCCCGACUCUUCCCCUCUCGCCUAACGGCAAGGUGGACCGCCAUCAGCUCCUAGCCCGUGCCAUCGUUGACGCCGAUAGCAUGCUGAAUGACACCACGGAAGGAGACGGUCCUGACGAACAUGAGGACGAGGUCGAGGAGCGGCUCUGUAGGAUCAUGGAGGUUCUUCUCGGUCGCACACCAAUCCGCCGGUCUUCGAACUUCUUCGACGCGGGCGGCCAUUCGCUCCUUGCCUCCCGUUUGGUAUUCCGGAUACAAGAAGCCUUCGACGUCCCGUUCACUCUGAUGAAUGUCUUCAACAUGCCCAAAGUCAAGGCAAUGGCGGGGAAGAUCAGGGAAGCGAUCGCCGCCAAGGCAUCCGAUCAGCCAUCGACGACUCCGGCGAUUGCUCCAGCAUCCGAGAAGUUCCACGUACCUUCGGUGCUCGUAUUCUCGCAGGAACCUCACAAGCCGUUCUUGUUCUGUGUCCCCAUGGUCACUGGUCUCGGCCACAUGUUCUCCGGGCUGUCACUUUCCACCGAUCUGUUCAACGUCAUCGCUCUCAACGAUCCUGGGUAUGUCGCACUCGACGACUUCCUCCCAGACCAGCCGUCAACAGGCCACGCCAGCACCCUGCUCGAUCCGGACAUGUACACUGUCGAGAACCAGGGCAAGUACUACUACGCGCGGAUCGUCGAGGAGCUGGGCCGUGUCAGCGGCGCCAAGCCCGGCAGCGCGCCGUUCAACAUCCUGGGCUACUCUUACGGCGGCCACGUCGCAGUCGAAGCGGCACGCCUCGCGCAGAGCGCGGGCUGGACCGUCAACCUCUUCGUGCUCGACUCGGAGGUGUACUUCAUGCAUGAGGUCGACCUGACGCCGGCGUAUGUCGAGCUGAUCGCGCACGCGGCCCUCCCGAUGGCGAUGGGCGCCGUCGGGCUGCCUUUCGACGACAUGGGCGAGCAGGGCGUGCACCUGAAGCGCGACAUCGAGGUUCGCACCCUGGCCAACUCCCGUGUGCUCUAUGCGCAUGUGAUGCCGCGGUACGAGGGACACGUCACGCUGUUCCGGGCGGAGUCAAACGUGAAACACGGUUUCGUUCCGCUCGUCAGCUCGUUGGAUGAGGUCGUGUUGCGCGGGGAUCACUACCGUCUACUCGAGGAAGGAUCUGGUAACUUGUCUACGAUCAGUGCCAAGGUCUCCGAAGUCAUUAACGUAUAGGUCUCGCCGUCUUUGCUCAGUCUUUGUACAUCUUAGCUGCAUUACAUCCUUAGUUGUUUUAUAUGACAUUAAGUUCUUCCACAUCCAGAC